AUGAUCAACCAGCCUCUUCAAGGAGAGCAGGUACCUAAAUAUCCUUUAUCAAAUAAUAUGAUUCGUGAUGGAGGAUAUUAUUAUUUGGUUGGGGAUGUUGAUGAUGAAAAUAAUCACGUUGGCGACGUCUACAGGAUAAAUAUGAAGAGUGGAAUUUGGGAAUGUGUUUAUAAAUGUCAAGGAAAAGAUAAAAAAAAUGAACUUUGGACAAAUAUUCCUUAUUACCUAGUUUUUGAUGGAAAAAAGAUUUUUACUUUUUUUUCUUUUGAAGAUGAGGGAUAUGACGAUGAUUUUACUCCAUAUUCUUUUUUGAAACUUGCAGCAUUUGAUGUAGAAAAUCGUCGAUGGAGAACAAUCAAUACUUAUGGAGAUGUUGAUCAUGUACCCAACUAUCCAAUGGAUAGAGGCGGACUUGACGGAGCUUUUUUUCAAAUGACGCACUACCAAGACUCUAAUAAUGAUCUUAUAGUUAUUUUAUCAGGAAAAUUUGAUCAUAAAGAUAAUUACAACGAUUUAUGGAAAUUGAACCUCAGUACCAUGACAUGGAAGAACAUUGACAAUCGUGGAAGUUUAAUACCACGAACGUUUAAAAGAUUCUCAAUGACUGUGUCCCCUGCCGGUCAACUAUUUACAUUCGGUGGAUUCAUCGGUGACCCGAAAGAAAGAGUUCCCUGUAGCUCUCGUGUUCACUCAGUUUGGAUUACUAUUCCAAAACUCUCAGACAUUUGUUGGGAGUCUAUUCUUCACUAUUUGCCGGGCUUGGUUUCAAUGUCUCAAGAACAAGUUGGACCAAAAUCUUGGUAUUUCAUGGAAAUUUUUCCAAUCGAGAAUUAA